AUGUCCACCACAGCGGGGCCCGCUGAUGUGAAGCUGCCCCAGCGGUCUGGUACCGUGAGCAGCAGCUUCACUCGUCGUACCUCCAUGAGUGACGAUGAGGUCAUCCCUGCCACGGAUAGUAGUGAGACUACCAAUCUCCUGCUUGAGCGUCUUCAAGCCUGGAAGCACAUGUGCGGAUAUCUCGAGGAGUACUUCUCUGCUACCGCCAAAGUGCAGAAGUCCCAGUCGAAGGAUUUCGAGAAGAUCUUGAAGGCCGUGAACGAACCUCUCAAGGAGGGCCACCACUUCAGUUCCAGCGCAGGCGGUGUGGCUGGUAUGUUUGAGAGCAUCCGCAGCAAUACCCAGGGUAUGGUUACUAUGUACAUGGAAGGCGAAAAGAGCUUGAAGACCGCCGUCCUCCCCACCCUCGAGCGUCUCCACAAAGAGAUCAAAAAUAAAUCCAAGGAGCUGAGCGCCGGUGCCAGCAAGGGUGCCAAAGCCGUUGAAAAGGCGCGCGGUCUAACCCAGAAGCAUAUCGAACUUCUCGGCCAGAACUCUGCCUGCUUCGACGCCUCCGGCAAGAUCGAGCAGCACCAUGACCCCUAUCUCCUCAAGCGUGGCAUCAACCACCGUCUGAACAACCAAGUGAACGAAGAGAACAACCACCGCCAGGACGUCCUUGCCGUACAAAACUCCUUCCAGCAGUUCGAAGCACACGUCCUGCAGACCGUGCAAGGCACCAUGGAUCAAUUCCACCAGCACAUGGGCGGCCAACUCGAGCGCCAGCGAGCCAUGUACGCAGAAAUACUCGGUACCGUGCAACGUAUCCCACCAGACUUCGAAUGGGUUAACUUCUGCGUCCGCAAUGACGCAGCCCUCGUCAAUCCAGACUCGCCACCACGCUCCUUGUCCAGCAUCACCUUCCCGAACAUGGAGCACCGCUCCACACAACCGCUCAUCGAGGGCUCUCUCGAGCGUCGCUCGCGCGCUGUCAUCAAGGGCUACAGCAGUGGCUACUACGUCGUCACCCCAGCACGGUACUUGCACGAGUUCAAGGACAACGACGACUUCCGCCGCGACCCCGCUCCCGAGCUCUCGCUGUACCUGCCAGACUGCGUUGUCGGCGCCAUUGACGGCGUGAAGUUCAACGUGAAGGGCAAGGAUGUCUCCAGCGGUAAAAUCGGCAACGCUUUCCACACAAACACCGAGCUCAGCUUCAAAGCCCACAACUCCAGUGACGCGGAGAAAUGGUGGUCCGUUAUCAAGGAUGCUACCCGUGCUCCGGCGCUGGCUGUUGCUGCGGCCACGUCGCCCGCCGCCAUCUCGCCUGCUGACUCUGCUAGUCCCUCCCGCAGCGUGUCCGGCCAGGGCCAGCCGCCCACCUAUGCUGAGAAUGAGAUAGGGAAGGUCCAGGCUACUGCUGCUGCGCCUGUAGCUGCCAGCCCUGCUCCUACUCCAGGAAUUAGCCGCACGGCGAGCACAGCUAGCCACUUCCACACCUCGCCCGGUGGCUCCGCUGUGGAGAAGCCGUGA